AUGUGCGCGUCUCGAGACACGUUGGACAUCUCGGAGAUGCAAAGUGUCGACUUGAGCGCGGAGUUUACAGAAAAUACUGCCAGCAGUGGUGUUGAUUGUCAAUUCAGUGGUACUCCGGUCCCCGAUUUUCCAUAUGAAGCCACCCGGGAGUCACAACUCUUUGACGAAGUCGUCGAAUUGCGCCAACAAGUAGCAGACUUGAACCAAACGAUUGCACAUGUUGAGGCAGCUGUUCAACUAAAGGAUACGCAAUUGGAAGGCUUGCAACGGGAUAACGAACGGUUAUCAUCAGAAUUGAAAAAGCAACAGAGAUGUAAUAGAAAUCUAAAACUAAGCUUUUACAAACAAAAUGAAUCGACUUUGAUUCCAGAACAGUUGGACGACGAAAGAUUCUUUUAUCAAAAAGAAAAGGAGCACUUUUGCGAAGAAAUGCAGAAUCACAAAACAUGUAAGCGUAUGGACGCCGGCUCAACAAGGUCUUUGCAGCAGCAGAAAAAAGAGUUCGAAAGGAUCCAGGAAGCUCUAGAGGAAGAAAACAAGCAAAUGAGAGAGGAGCUGGUUGAGAAGAGUGAAACGACGUACAAUCUUUGUAUCAAAUUUUUACGCAUGAAGCAUGCCAAGGAUUCGUUGAGGCAGAAACUCGAUCAACUUUUGAGAGAGCACUUACAGGUGAUGGCCGAAAUGAUGGAGAAACUGGACGAGGCACGCGAAGAGCUGAACAUCAUAGUAUCGGAAAAAUUCCAAGAGCCUGUACAUCUCAGCAAAGCCAAAUUCUUACAGGUUGUUCAAAGAAACAGUCGGUUAGUCCAUGAGAACGCGGCGUUGAAGCUACAGUCUCAUCAGCUCACCCAGAAUAUCGAAAAAUUAAAAAGUGAGGCGCAAAAAACGCGAACGAUAAACGUCGACGCAAGAACAAUAGAAAAGUUGACUAUGCAGGGUAAGAGAAGACGGAAGGAAGAGACUGCCAAGUCUUUGUCUACGAAGAAGGCGGAAAAAUUGGGGACUUCACGUUCGUCUUUGAGUACGUCUUACGGUGGCCCAUUGGUUGAUAGUUCAGGAGAUGCAAAAGCUCAAGUGAAAUAUCAGAACAAACGCGCUACAUUUGAUAUUCCGGAAGUGGAGGAGCCUCCGGAAAAGCGUGUCGAGCAUCGCACUGAACGGACACACAGUGCACCAGAAAUCGUGCAAACCGCGACUUUUAAGCAGAAUCUUGCUUCUGGCAAUGGAUCCGAGUACACCAAUCUUACCCAGCGUAGUGUCGAGGUUCGGGACAUGUAUACGAAUACUUGA